CAGGGGCGGAGGCCAGACGCGCGGAGCGGCCGAGCCCGGGCGGCCCCGCUGCGCCCCAGCCGUGCGCCCCAGCCGUGCACCCCGCACGCCCGCGGACCGCCUCGCUGGCGCCCGACCCGCAGCAUCUGUGGACACCCAAUCCCCUGCUGCCCUUAUUUGAAAACCAGCUUUUGUUGUGCCGAUCAAACGGCCUGCGAUUUUUGCCAACGCUAUCGCGACAAAAUAUGCUGAUUCUGUCCUUUUCAACCCCUGCGUCAACCUGACUUUCGGUAUUCUUGUGCAUUCGUGACCCUCCGUAAAGAUGUCUGAACCUGACUUUUCGUCUGUGUUUUCGGGGAAUAUGGAGAAUGGGACUUUUCUUGAGCUGUUCCCCACAUCCCUGUCCACAUCGGUGGAUCCAUCCUCAGGCCACCUGUCCAAUGUCUACAUCUAUGUGUCCAUAUUCCUCAGCCUUCUAGCCUUUCUGCUUCUGCUUCUAAUCAUUGCCCUCCAAAGGCUCAAAAACAUCAUCAACUCCAGUUCCUCCUGCCCGGAGUAUCCAAGCGACGCUGGGAGCUCUUUCACCAAUUUGGAAGUCUGUAGUAUUUCCUCUCAAAGAUCCACUUUUUCAAACCUUUCAUCCUGAAGAAAAUGGAAGCCACCUUGAAUGCUGCUGCAGCGUGGAUUUUUUCCUCAUGGGGGGUGUUGCAUGGAGCGGUCGCCUCAUGAAACAAAUACCCCCUUUCUUUUUCACCCCUCAUUUCUUUCCCACCCAGGAUGCUUCUCAUUUGUGAGUGUGGGAGUUGAUGCUGACAGAAAUGCGUGCAAAGCUGAGGUGCAGAAUUUCGCACAAACCACCUGACGGGUCUGGAGCUGACGUCUUCCAUGUGGACCAGCUCAUUCCCCACUGUUGGGUACCUGAGGCAGGGCCCCCGUGAGGCGGCCUCGAAGUGGGCGCUGGAGGUGGACGUGUGCACUUCACUUCUCUUAACAGAACCUUGAAACCAGCUGAGCUGGCAGAAUCUGGCAAAACUAAGUCUGAGCUAUUUAGAAGGUAUUUUCUGUGUUUGAAAGAUAAAGUGGAAACACCAAAUUAAGAAAAAGAGAUUUAGAUGUGACGUAUAACAUUUAGCUUUAAUGUAUAACAUUUGUAAAACCGGGGGCAAAAAUAUGCUGUUUUCUUUAACUUUACUUUAACAGAUGAAAGUCACAUUUAUUGACGAAGUAAGUCCUAUUUGGAGACAUUUUAGAAGACUUUCACUUUUAAUAGAAGGCAAGUUAUGUGUUAUGAUGCUGUUCCUGCCUCUUAGAUUUUUUUCUCUACCUAUGUUAGAGUCAUAACAGCCUACAAAUGUGGAUGUCUGUGUGAUAACUGCUGUUACUGUUACUAAGAGAAACACCAGAAGAGACACACAAUAAGUUUUUAUUUUAUAUCUGUAAUUUCUAGCAGAGGGAAUUAAGCAUAUGAGAAAUAUUCACUUAGUUGCAUUUUAUACAGUACUGACUCCUACCAGGCAUGUUACUGUUUCUUCAUUCAGUGUCACAGUCUUUAUAAGUUUGGGGCAGAAUUAUACUAAGGCUCUGAGCUCUCAGAUGUUCUCAUUAGGUUGCAAAACUCAGAGACUAAGUUGCUAAUACACAUGCUACUAUAUACCCCAUGAAUGUUACAAGUCUUUGGUAAUUAGUUGUUGUAUGUUAACAUACUACUCUGCAUUAGGAUUGUAAGAUGUGGUUUUAUAUUAAAAAUUGUAGACACUCAAAAACUGUGUAGCUGCUGGGAGCUUGGUGACCCUGGCAGCUGCCAAGCAGUGGUCAGCCCAGCCCCAGACCUGACACUUUCUCCACGGAAUGAGGCAUAUACGUGAGCACAGACAUGGGAUGUGAAGGGAUCAAACUGUCCCUAAAAACAAAACGAAACUUCAGCUUCUUAAGAGUAAGGAUUUUCAUUUAAUUUUAAAAAUUAAUGGCCCACAGCCUAAACAUUGAACUUAUUCAGUGACAGAGCCCACUGCAUCGACAUGCCCCUGUUUUCUCAUGGCAACUGGGUCAUUUCCUUUUCAAAACUGGAAUGGGACAAAGAACCCAGCAGUUUUACAGAAAAUGUCAUUGUCAUUCUAAGAUGCUGAGAGUGCUGAGGUCUGUUAAUGAGGAUAGGAAGGUUUUGUUUUUUCAAUCCAUAAGGCUUAUACUUAAAUCAGACCACAUUGAACUACUUAUAUCAAAAAUGUCCCCAAACACUGUAAGACCUGCACACAGUGGCUGCCGUGAAAUACGCAAUUGGUGGAAGAUGAGCUUCUGCCGCCGUAAAGCCUGGCGGCGUGUGGAGUGUCAUGUAGCAUAAAUGCUGGGCUCGGAAACCUCUGCUGUUCGGGAUCACUAUUGGCACUCUCUGAAUGUAUAUAUAUAUGUGUAUGUGUACUAAUAAUAUAUUCACACUCGCCCAAUUAAAAGUGUGAAAGCUAC